AGAAGAAGAAGAAGAAGAAGAAGGAAUAACAGAAGAAGAAGAAGAAAAAUGGCGGCGAGCAGCGCGACCAGCCGCUGCAGGACGGCUCUGGAGAAGAAGUCUUCAGGGUCAAAUAAAGCCGUGUAAAGGGAUUUAAAACCCUGGAGGCCUCCUCAGGACCACGAACGUCUGCUUCUCUGUGUCCUCGGAGCACUUCCUGUCCCGGAUGGGGGGCGGCAGGCCGGCGGUGGAGGUGGUGCGUCUGGGCCUGGUCUCCUACCGGGAGGCUCUGCGUCUGCAGCAGGUCUACGUGGAGCGCCACCGGUCCGGUCCGUCUCACGCUCUGCUGCUGUGUCAGCACCCUCCGGUCUACACCACCGGGAUCCGCCACAAACCAUACCCUCCCCCCCUGCUGGACGGCCUCCGCCGGCUGGGGGCCGAGGUGCACAACGCCAACCGGGGCGGACUCAUCACCUUCCACGGGCCAGGUCAGCUGGUCUGCUACCCGGUCCUCCACCUUGGAAGCUUCAAGAAGAGCGUGCGCUGGUACGUGUCCCAGCUGGAGCAGACCGUCAUCUCGGCGUGCGGCCGGCUAGGCGUGGCGGCGUCCUCGUCUCCUCUUACCGGCGUCUGGGUCGGAGACAACAAGAUCUGUGCCAUCGGAAUCCACUGCGGUCGCUACGUCACCUCUCACGGCCUGGCGCUGAACUGCAACACCGACAUGUCGUGGUUUGGCCACAUCGUGCCCUGCGGCAUUGUGGGUAAAGGAGUGACGUCUCUGAGUGCCGAGCUGCGGAGAGAUGUCGGCGUGGAGGAGGCCGUCCCCCACCUGUUGGAGGCCUUCAGGGACCAGUUCCACUGCCAGCUGACGGACUCCAGAGACUAGAACAGAUGCCCUGCUGAGACACAUCUGUACUCUUCACACAGGCAUUGAUUAGACUUGAAUUGUACCUAAACACAUCAUAAAGACAUUGUGUUAUGAG